AUGACUCCCUCGUCGAGGCCUGAUGGCCACCUCAACCUCAACUAUCUUCCAUCUUCACAGCCCAUGUCUGGCACCUCGACUGGAAGCUCGUCACCCAACGAGCAGCCAGGAUCGAGUUCCAUGAAAUCUUCCUUUGGAGGCUCAAAUGGGUUGAAUAACACCGGAGGAUCGCUUGGAAGUGCAAGAAUGGGGGCAGGAUCCCCUUCUCAUGAACUUGGGGCUCGCUUGUACUCUAAGAGAGCUCGAGAAAUCCAGGCCCAAGAAGGUCUUGCUCCAAAUAUCUGGGGUCCCCCAACAAGCGGCAACUCAACCCCUCUUCGUGAAAAUAUACCGGAAUCCCCGAGUCAAGACGAGUUCCCAGACCUAAACCCCGCACCGGAGAGCAAUCUCACUAGUCCCGCUCGUCGAACAAGAGCAGGGACAGUCCCCUCUCGCUUUUCUCCAGUUGGUUCACUCAACGGUGUUAGCGCCCAAUCGUCGUUUACCUCUAAAACCUCGAGACCCACGCCAUCAACUAGCCCAUUCCGUCCUCCCGCUGUAUCGGCCCUCGACACCGCUAAUAGAAGUUCGGCUCCUGGGAGCGGAAAUAGCACAGUUUUGCUUUCACGCCUCCGUGCCGGAUCCAUGCCUCAACGCUCAAGUGUUCUUGGCGGUUCUACUCCUUUUGGUCCUUCGUUAUUUUCCACCAACUGGUCAUCAGGGAGGGAGAGAGCAACCACUCUGACAAGCAUUCGAUCAUCUGAAGGACCAGUCUCACCGGCCCAAUCUUCGUUCUCGAGAGAUGGUCUUGCUGAUGCAGACGUUAGAACCUUAGAUUACCUUGGCCUUGCUGAAACUCCACAGCAGGUCCGGGCACAACUGGCACGCCCAUCCGUUGAUCAGCUCAUCCAACAGCAGCAGCAACAGCAGCAGCAGCAGCAGCAACAACAACAACAACAACAGCAGCAGCAGCAACAACAACAACAACAACAACAGCAGCAGCAGCAGCAGCAGCAGCAACAACAACAACAACAACAACAACAACAACAGCAACAACAACAACAACAACAACAACGGACAUCGUCCCUACCUCCUCUGCUUGCAGACCUGGUAUUGCUGAAUAAAAACUCUACCCGUUUCCGCUCUUAUUCUGUGAAUGCCAAGGAGAAAUACGCUGAAGAUGAUGAAGAAGCUUACGGACACCAUUAUUCAAAUGUUCCAUCCGGAACCCUGACUCCUUCGGCCGCAGCAACUGCUGCCCAACUAGCGGCAACCCAGGCACAAAUUCAUCAACACAAUCUUGCUGUACAGGCAUUUGCCAACCAUGCGUCGGCGAAUCGUCCCCGUGCUCGCACUGCCGGUGUCUUGGACACACCUCCUCAAAGGUCGUCGAUCCGCAACUAUCUUGCGACCCCUUCCAGACUUGAUAACAGCAUCAGCAUUUCAGACUUACGUAUUUCCGAGACAGGAGAGUAUGAUGAUAUUCCGGAAGCUGUUCAAAUGAUGCAACUGGGUGGUAUGCAAAGCGUGCGACAGGGUCUUGAGAUUGGUGGUGAAAACAAUCUUGAUGGUCCCACCAGAGCGUUGUGGAUUGGCAGCAUCCCCGUCUCAACCACAGUCACUUCCCUCGAUGCCAUUUUCAAUGUGCAUGGCAAAAUUGAGUCGACCAGGGUUUUGACCCACAAAAGCUGCGGAUUUGUGAACUUUGAACGUGUCGAAAGUGCUAUUCAAGCUAAGUCCCUUCUUAAUGGAAAGGAAAUAUUCCCGGGUGCGGGGCCAGUUCGAAUCGGAUUUGCGAAAGUCCCGGGGACCUCAGGCGCGGCAACUCCUGGUCAAAAUGGUGACCACCCUUCGCCCUCUCUGGACUCAACCAGCAGCCAUGGAGGAAAUAAUUCAUCUGAGGGCCAAGAGGGAGCAUCAUCAGCGGACAAUGCAAAUAAUGCCACGUCCAAUGUGCCUGUCAUCCCACAACUGUCUGAAUUGCAACCAGAAAUGAGCCGAAUUGUUGCCGAAUUUGACGCAUCCGAAGAAGAAUGUCGAAGUAUCACGUCCAGUAUUAAACGUGCAGUUGGUUUUGAUUCAUUUGUGGACGAAGUACCUCCCGUUCCCGAACCAAGCCAAACUCGGGUACAUGAUGCUCCUAGACUUCGAGAUGUUCGAAAACGGAUUGAUAACGGCACUCUUCCGGUGAAUGAAAUUGAGGAGAUUGCAAUUGGCAUGCUCCCUGAGAUCGCAGAAUUGUCUUCAGAUUAUCUAGGCAACACCGUUGUUCAGAAGUUGUUUGAGUAUUGUUCGGAGCCCAUUAAAGAGAAAAUGUUGGUCGAAAUUGCCCCUCAUCUUGCUGAGAUUGGUGUGCACAAGAAUGGUACCUGGGCCGCACAAAAGAUUAUCGACGUGGCCAAAACUACGACACAGAAGCAAACGAUUGUUGAUAGCCUCCAUCCGUACACGGUGCCACUGUUUUUGGAUCAAUAUGGCAAUUAUGUGCUGCAAUGCUGUUUGCGUUUUGGUACUCCCUUCACUGAUUUUAUAUUCGAAUCCAUGCUCAGUAGGAUGUGGGAGAUCGCCCAAGGCCGAUUUGGGGCGCGGGCUAUGCGUGCGUGCUUAGAAAGUCACCAUGCAACAAAGGAUCAACAGCGUAUGGUGGCUGCCGCUAUCGCCCUUCACAGCGUUCAGCUGGCAACCAACGCAAACGGUGCUUUGCUUCUUACAUGGUUCCUCGAUACAUGCACGUUUCCUCGUCGACGUACUGUUCUUGCCCCUCUCCUUGUUCCCCAUCUUGUCCACCUUUGCACCCACAAAGUUGCAUAUUUAACUGUCCUCAAAGUUAUCAACCAGAGGAACGAACCAGAGGCCCGAGAAAUUGUACUGAAAGCCCUUUUCUACAGCCCCGGAGAUGAAAUUUUGGAGAAGAUUCUCAGUGACCAGACAUCGGGGGCGACAUUAAUUUUUAAAGUUCUUACAACACCUUUCCUUGAUGAGAGCAUGCGAGGCGAAGUUGUCAAAACCGUUUCUAAAGUUCUCACGAAGUUGAAAACCACAACAAGUCAAGGUUAUAAACGGUUAAUGGAUGAGGUUGGGCUAUCGUCCCGGAGCUCAGGAGGCUCUCGGGAUACUACUCACCACACUAGGGAUAGCCAAAAUGCGCAUAGUGGUAAUGACAAGAAUCAGAACCGCCCGACAUCUAGACAAGCCAGCAAAAACAAUUAUAAUGGCCCACCCCUACCAGAGAGACAGUACAGUGGACAGUUUGCACCAGGGCUCCAACCUCAUCAGUCCUUCGAUUCUCCAACAACAAUGGCACGAUCGAUUUCAUCAGAGCAUAACCUUCCUCCCUAUGAUAUUUAUGCAAUGGGUGGUAUCAACGGUGUCAAUGGGUUAAUGAACCUGCAAGCCUUGAACAACAACCCAACAUUCCCACAAGAAACUACGAUACCAAUGACCCAACAACAACUCCAAUAUCAAGCAUUUCUGGCAGCCCAGUCCCGUGGCAUAUCCCCAGCUGGAUUUUAUGCUCCUCAAAUGGCUGGAGCAGGCUUCAACGGCUUUGCAGCAGCUCCCGCCGCCACGAUAGACACCUUCCGUGCCAUGCAACCACAUAACUCACCUCUCCGGGGUCCUCCCGCACAAUUAAAUGCGAGUCCAAUGCUGCAUCAGCCUGCCUUCGUGCCACCUCAGUUCAAUCCGGCUGUGAAUAAUGGACAGAUGUAUCCUUCCUACCCACAGCCAUUCUACCAGCAACCUAAUGCCGCUCAGGUGCCACUACCUGGCGGACGCCGUGGACGUGUAACUUGA